CUUGAGAUCAGAUGAGAACCUAGACCUCAUCCCUGCAUAAAAAUGGACACAAUUAACUCCAAUGGACGAGAAAUGGACACUGAAGUGCCACUGGUACAUGUUACGAAAUGUAUGUCAGAAAACAAACAAUUAUCGAAUUGUUUAGAAAAAGUGAACACGAAGAAACACAUUUCACUCUCAUUAAAUGGUGAUAAUUUGAAGCUGGGCGAAAAUGAUACCCGACCCGAAGAAAAACAUAACAAAAGAAAUACUCUUCUCAGAGGCAGGAAGCUGCGCAUCCCCGACACUUGUGCUCAUCUCGGUGUGAGGUGUAAAGCCUCCGAGGAGAGUAACCAAGAGAAGGGACAGUUAAUCCUACAGAGACCGUCAAGCUCCACUGAACUGACGUACGAAAACAGCCCGCCGAAAAGAGAUAGGAAUUUUAUUUAUAAAUCAUGCAAAUUAGAAAGAGAAAAGAUUGAUCAAGAGCGUAACCUUCCGAAUAUUUCAGAAGACCAAGUCAUGCCGUCCUUACCUAUUGAGACUCUUAACAACAAUGAAAAACUCAGAAAAAGCUCGUCCUACGUUUUUCAAAAGACUAGCAGACGAGAUUCUGUGGUAGCUAAAGAUUUUCAUGAAAGUGAUAGAAACGUCACUCGGCGCACGUCGUCGUUCACAGCACCCCACAAGAGACGGAACAGCCGUUACAGCAUUCACAGGAGGUCCGUCGACGAAUCCGAUGAGGGAAUCGAACACGUCCCUGAUAUCCUGAAAGAAAAUGGCUUCAUCAGCGUCGUACUUCCGGUCCAGAAACUUGAGACGGAUGACCGGAACUACGUUUGUAUCAACAUUGACACCAUCCGGAAGGCUCUCUGUGAUGCCGGCCUGAAGGCUGGAGCCUCUACGACCCGGAUUUUGUCCGGACAAAGUUAUCUGGUUUACGAGUGUACAGAGAACCAGGUUACGCCUCCCUCAGAUAAAAGUGAAGCCGCCGCCGCGAUGCCACCACUAGUUUCAGAAACUCAGAAAUGCAAACAACAAACAAUAGGGGAGACCAUCAGCAUGAUGCAGAAAUACCCGGAUGACCUAAAUACCCAACUGAAGGGUUGUAAAAGCAUGGGCAGCUUUGCCAAUGACGAUUCAUUGUCUGUUCUUUUGGCUAAGAAUGAGGGGGUAACCUGCCUAAUGACGGCCCUGACGACAUAUAAGAAUCAUGCCGAAAUACUCACCUCCGCCAUUGUUUCUCUAGCACGCAUGUGCGCUGCCUCGGAUGCCAGUUGUGUUCAUAUACAGAAGAAUGGGGGUAUAGCAGAGCUUCUGCGACUGACGAACUCCAGCAAUAACAUAGACGUCAUAGAGGGCGCUGUGGACAUCCUGGGAAGCAUGUCCGCCGUAGAAGAGCUACUCGAGAAGUUGGUUGAGGGUGCGGUGCCUUCUAGUGUUGUGACCUUGUUGUCUCGUUAUGAGGACAACAACAAAAUUGUCAGCAACUGUUGCUUCAUCUUGAGCAAUCUUGCCAACGAUUAUCAAACAGCAAAAAAUGUCAUGUAUAUUGGAGGAGUACACGUGAUUGUAAGAAUCAUGGAGAGAUUCCGACAUGACGAUCUAGUUCAAGAGAACGCUUGUAGGGCCUUGGGGAGCUUUUCUUUCCAUGAGGAUCUAAGUUCUGAUGUUUCCAAUGCCGGAGGAAUUGGCGUGGUUUUACAAACGCUUAAAAAUUUCCAAGACAGUACCGCUGUUUUAGAGUGUGCUUUAUGGGCUCUGGCUUGUCUCACCAAAUGUACUGAUGCAGGGGAACAUAUAUGUAAGAAAAAUGAGAUCUCGACAAUUAUUGAUACACUGAAGAAAUACAAGUAUGACGAAACACUUCAGGAAUACGGUUGCUGCACACUUUGUAACAUCUCUUCUUCUGUUCAGGGUGCCCAGGAAUUAGCCCUACCCGCCAUUGUGGAGACCGUCUGUCAGUGUCUGACCCAGUUCCCAGAUAAUCUCCAACUUCAGCAGGAAAUCUUCAUCUUCUUAGUCCCAGUACUGGCAAUAUCAGAAGAUAUCCAGAAAAAGUUUAUACAGGACAGCAGGGUGUCUAUUUUGUUGGAGAGAAUGACCACUUACAUUGACUGCCCUGUCAUACAGGAACAUGGCUGUCUUAUCAUAGGCUCACUAGCGGUCAAUAAGGCUAACAGAACAGUAUUAGAGAGACUGAAUUCCUCCAGAACAAUAAUCACAGCCCUCCUCCAUCACGAAAACUCGGAAAAGAUCCACGAGAAUGCGCAUAUAGCCCUCACCAACCUGUCAGCAGAAAUUUAUGGAAACAAAUCAACUGUGGAAAGAAAUGGAGGUGUUCAGGCCGCCAUUACAAGUUUAACUUCGAUGUCACAUAACCCGGAUGUUGUGGAACUAGCGCUAAAAUUACUGGGAAAUCUGAUCGAACUUGAUGCAUCCUGUCAUCACUUCAUCGAGGACAAAGGUCUAGAUGUUCUAGAAACCUUACUUAAGGAAAACAACUUUGAUCAAGAAAUAGAAGUAUGGAUCAGAAAUAUCCUCAUUCAGUUGGCUUCAGCAAGAGGUAUCCCCAGUAGCGACCUGGAGAACAUAGAGCGAGUCCUGAGUACUGUGACUGAGAGUCAGGGUAGCAGCAGUAAUGUAGAUGUAUAUUUGGUGCAGUAUUACGAAAAACUCGUCUCCAAUGUAAGUGGUUGUCAUAUGUUUAUGGACGGUGGAUCCUUUGAUAAGUUAUUGGAUUUAUUAAAUAUCAACACAACAACUUAUGAUUUACAGUUCUACGGUUGUAAAAUUCUAGCAGCUCUGGCGAUGAAUGGAUUCCACUCGAAGUUUUCAACAGAAAUUUUAUCUUUGAUUCACUCUGCCAUGAAGAAAUUUCCAGAAGAACUUGACCUACAGAUUGUAUGCUGUGGAGCUCUUUGUUAUAUGACAGAAGAGCAAGACUCACUAAGUAUUGCAUUCUUACAACGUGAGGGGAUGAGGACUCUGUUAUCAAUCCUUGACAGAUUCCAAAAUGAACCUAGACUAAUUGUUGUGGCCUUCAUGACAUUAGAAAAUUUACUGAAAUCGGACCGUGAAGACCUUGCAAACUUACUGGAAUGUUAUGAUGUAUCCAUGGUGAUUGAUAUCAUGGGCAGAUUUCCAGACAACGUUGAUAUCCAGAUAUUUGGUUGUAAACUAGUCACACUUGCCACUGAUGAUGACAAGAAGAAGGAGUUGGAUGCCACGCCUCUCCUUGACAUUUUGGACAGACGUAAAUCCAUGCAGGACGCCAUUAUCUGGGCGAAGCAAGCCCUCAAUCACAUCAAGCCUGGGUUGCUGCAAAUUGAGGAGCGGUAGAGACUUGUCAUUUUUUUCUUUAUUUAUUGUUUGUAUCAAUGUUUUCAAUAAAUUUUGAUGUAAAAUUCC